AUGCACCUCUCGGCCCUUCAGCGCACCCACGAGGUCUACCGGCUCGCGAGGGAGAAGGUGGACGCGCAGGAGCGCGACGAGGCUGCGAGCCGCUCGCGCGAGGCCUCGCCGCCGUCUGCUCCGCGCGACACGACGACCGCCCGGGCUGCGGCGGAGCGGGAGCUGAGUGAGAGUUUGCGCAAGGUGAGGGCGGCGCAGGCGGCGCAGGCGCUGGCAAACCGGCGGGCGGCCGAGGAGCGGCAGCAGCUCCAGACGGCGCUCCGCGAAGCGCGCGAGGUGGCUGCGCAGAACGCGGCGCACUCUCGCGAGGAGCUGCAGCAGGAGCGGCAGCGGCGAGCCGCGCUGCAGCAGGAGGCGGAGCGCGAGGCGGCCACGACGGAGGCGCCUCGCCGCCUGCUGACGGUGCUGUUGCACCGCCCGCCGCAGGUGCAGCUGGCGACGGCGCAGCAGCGGCUCGCAACACGGGAGGCGGCCGCCAAGAAGGAGGCGACCGGGCUCGAGGCGAUGCUGAUCGACGCGCAGAGCCGUCUCGAGGCGCGCGGCCGCGCAACCUCGGCACAGCUGCGCGAGGCGCUCGCCGCCGAGGAGAGGCCCGUGCCGCCCGUCGAGGAGCCGCCGCUCGCCGUCUCGCUCGAGCCGCCCGCAGAGCCUUCUGAGCCUCCGCCCGCAGAGCCGCCCACACCCGCCACGCCUGCGCUCGAGACGACGCCCUUCUCGCUCUUCGACGCCGCCCUCGCGAGGCGCGGCGCGGACGGCGAGAGCCUGCUCGUCUUCGGCGGAGGCGGCGGCGCGUCCAAGACGGGCGUGCCGAACGCGCUCGUUGUGACGCGGCUCGACGCGAGCUGGCAGAUGCAGCUCGUCGGCGAGCACCGGACCGGCCUCGCGCCCGUGCAGUCGCUCGCGCUCUCGCCGACCGCGGACAGGCUCGCCUGCCUCCAGGGCGCCGACGUCCUCCUCUACAGCGGCGUGGAUGCGCCCGCCCCUCCGGCCGAGCCGCCCACGUGGGAGUCGGUGGCGACGGUGGACAAGAAGCGGCCGCCUCCGCCGCCGCUGUACGCGAGCCCGGCGAUGGUGCUGCGCGGGCCGGACCCGGACCCGGAGGCGGACGGGAUCCGCAAGCCGCGCCUGCCGGAGCCCGCGUUUCGGUGGCACAACUUCGUGACGCCGGCGCCCAAGCGGCGCGGCAAGCCGCUCCCCAAGACGGCGGCGUGGCGGUGCGUGCUGAUGGCGGAGGGCAGUUCGAGCGGCGCGUCGCUGUUUGGCGCUCUCAACCACGCCGCGGGCGUCGGGCACGUGACGCCCAACCGGCUGACCGCGUUGGCGCUGUCGGCCGACGGCGCCCUGCUCGCAGCGGGCACCAACGAGGGCGAGCUGCAUGUGCUGCAGGCCUCUUCCCUCGCGCGGCUGGUGCGGCUGCAGGAGCACCCGAUGUACGUCGCCGUGCUGGUGCUGACCGAGCGCGACGCGGCGGGCGGGUACGCCGCCAUCUCUUGCUCGACAAACGAGGUCAAGGUGACGCGGCUGCCAAAGGAGAGGCUCGUGCCUCCGACGCUCUCCGCCGACCGGCUGCUGCUGCUGCUCGCGCUCCUCGCCGCCCUGGUCGCCGCCGCCUUCGCUCACUUCGCCGGAGGCGGAGGAGAGGCGCCCGGCGAGCCGCCAGCCGUGGGACAGCGCAUGCGUGUGAGAGCGCCCGAAGUCGAACGCGUCCUCCCGUGGACGAUAUUGCCGCGCUCUUACACGGUAACUCAUCCUGGUUCUUGCCACUCUUGCGCCCGUAAAAAACGAAGAAAUUCGAUGUGUGACGAGUAUCGAUAUCGGAUGACGAUCGAGGAUCGUCCGGAGAGCGGAGUCCGGUGGGAAAAAUUCAAAAAAUGCCUUCGCGCCGUGGGGCUGGGCUUCUGCCUAAGCCUUGUCGUUGUCGCGCCCGUCUCGGGCUUCGCCUUCGGGGCCAAGACGCAAGACCUGACAACCAAGAGCAAGACUUCGGCUUCGCCUUCGGCUUCGCCCUUCGGCCUUCGGGGCUUAGUGCCCACUUCUAAGUAA